UCGUCUAUGCGCCAACACAUUUUCGAGGUCUUGGUGGCCACUGUGACACGUGGAGUUAAUUAUGUAUAAUCGUUUCUGCUUCCGUCACCCAUCAGAAGCGAAGAAGAAGACGAGAUGCAGAGGGUCUUUGUUCGGUCCAAAACCCUAAUUUCGGUUACUUCCAAUUGCAUCUUCUUCCCUCCAACACUACCCUUUUACUUGCAAAAUCAACAAGCUUUCCACAGCAACAGCAACGGGAACACCCCUUUCGGAUCACCAACUCGAGUUCAGAAGCUGAUAGCUUCGCAAUCAGACCCUCUUUUGGCCAAGGAAAUCUUCGAUGUGGCCUCUCGCCAACCCAACUUCCGCCACACUUACUCAACCUAUCUCAUUCUCAUCCUCAAGUUGGGUCGCUCCAAACACUUCUCUCUCAUCGACCAUCUCCUCCGCUGCAUCAAAUCCGAUUCCCACCCCAUCACCCCCACCCUCUUCACUUACUUGAUCAGAGUCUACGCGGAAGCCGAUUUGCCCGACAAAGCCCUCAAAACCUUCUACAACAUUCUCCACUUCAAUUGCAAGCCUUUGCCCAAACACCUUAACCGCAUUCUCGAGAUCCUCGUUUCCCACCGUAAUUACAUUCGUCCCGCCUUCAUUCUCUUCAAGGAUGCUCACAGGUAUGGGGUGGAACCCAACACCAAGUCCUACAACAUUCUCAUGCGCGCGUUCUGUCUCAAUGGGGACAUUAGCAUUGCCUACUCACUGUUCAACAAAAUGUUCAAACGAGAUGUUGUGCCGGAUAUCGAGUCUUACCGGAUUUUGAUGCAGGCCUUGUGUCGGAAGAGUCAAGUGAAUGGUGCUGUUGAUCUUUUGGAGGAUAUGCUCAACAAAGGGUUUGUUCCGGAUUCUUUGACUUACACCACUUUGUUGAAUAGUUUGUGUAGGAAGAAGAAGCUCAGGGAGGCUUACAAGCUUCUCUGUAGGAUGAAGGUCAAAGGGUGCAAUCCUGAUAUUGUUCAUUAUAAUACUGUUAUACUAGGGUUCUGUAGAGAAGGGCGCGCUCACGAUGCUUGCAAGGUUAUUACUGACAUGCGGGCCAAUGGGUGCUUGCCUAAUCUUGUGUCCUAUCGUACUUUGGUGAGUGGCUUGUGUGACAUGGGAAUGCUUGAUGAGGCUAGUCAGUAUGUCGAGGAGAUGUUCUGCAAAGGUUUUUCUCCUCAUUUUUCUGUUGUUCACGCCUUGGUGAAGGGGUUUUGUAAUGUUGGUAGGAUUGAGGAUGCUUGUGGAGUUCUUACUAAGUCUCUUGAACAUGGGGAAGCUCCUCAUGUGGAUACUUGGAUGGUCUUAAUGCCUGUAAUAUGUGAAGUGGAUGAUGGUGGGAAAAUCAGUGGUGCUUUGGAGGAAGUUCUUAUGAUUGAAAUAAAAGGACAUACUAGAAUUGUCGAUGCUGGCAUUGGUUUGGAGAACUACUUGAUUAGGAAGAUACGAGCCAACUCCACCAGAGUAUUCUAAAACUUAUGUAGGACGUACAACUUCCAACCCAUGGGUUCAGAGACUUCUCCAUACUGUUGAGACAAAUGUGGCAUGGCUGCGACCACUAAUGACUGCUAACACUUAUGACACUUUGUUCAUAUGAGUAUUAACCUCAUUGUGUAAAAGGCUAAAAGUCAUUAUGAUGCAGAAAAGAUUUAGCUAGGCGGUCUUCAGUAUAACCCAGAUGCUAGAGCUUUGGUAAGUCACUUCAGUGUCAUGCCUCAGAAGGGACGAGUUCGCAAGCCUUACCCAAAUGGAAACGAUUCUAAAUUUAGAAAAGGUUUGUGGGAUUCUAGAUUUCUUGGGUGAGAACCCUUGAUCUAUAUGACCUGGAGUUAACUCCAGGAGAGGUUAGGGGUGUGUUGGGUCUGCGGGUUGGUUUUAAACUAGAAGCAGUAGCUGCUGUGAAGUUGUAUCAUCCGUUUAUAUGGCCUCUUCACAUUUUUUUUCAUUAAAUUUUCAUCGGAUAAGUAUUACACCUUCAUUCUUACUACAUUUGUUGUUUGGUUAGUUAACACACAAUUUGUUGUGAGUUGCAUUGUUAGCUUCAAAUAAAGAGUUAGCAAGAGUAUUCAAGUUUGC